GCUCUUCAGUUUCCCUUCCGGUUGUCCAUCGCCACCGCAGCGCUGCCGGCCGGUCGGAAAGAAGAGAGACGAUAUGAAUCCACCAACCAGCGAGAGGAAGUACAAGGGGGCGCGCCGAAGGCCUUGGGGCAAGUGGGUGUCGGAGAUCCGCGUGCCGGGCACCCGCGAGCGCCUGUGGCUGGGCUCCUACUCCACGCCCGAGGCCGCCGCCGUCGCCCAUGACACCGCCGUGUUCUUUCUCCACGGCCCCGGGGCCCCCUGCGGCCUCAACUUCCCUGACCGCGUGGCCGGACUCGCGUGGGCCAGUUUGUCUCCGACCUCAGUGCAGAGAGUUGCGUCGGAGUCCGGGAUGGACGUCGAUGCUCAGCUAGUUGUUCUUACGUCACCGCAGACGGCGGCAGCACAGCCGGUGGAGCCGGUGGAACCGGAGAUGCUGGAUGAGGCUCGACAGGAGGCGAUCAGGGGGAGUAGAAUUGGAAGGCAAAGGGAGGAGAUCAUCGGAGAUGCUUGUUAGAUUAAUUACUCUUGUUUUUCAUAUUCUCGACUGAAAAUUAUAGACAAUUCAUAAAUAUAGGCGCUAAAAUCUCAUUCAGGGCUGGAGACGCUAUUAAUGUCUGGAUUAUUGGACUAUAGGAAGAAAUCAUUGUUCAUUACUGUCAAGAGGCCCUGCUUCUUCAUAAUUUUAGUGAAAGGGAAGACAUCUGACUGCUUUAAUCA